UUACUAUUGUAUUGUUAAUGUACUGACGAAGAAUACGAAACCGGUCUACAUUAAUAAAUCAUAUACUAUUUUCAUUUCGUAUUGGUUGACACUACACAUUUGAUCUUUGGUUGAUAAGACAAACUAGUUGUAUAAAAAAUAUACCUUCUAGUUUGGUCAAUAUCCUCUUUCAGAUUGUUUAUUUUGGGAGCGUGUACACAUAGAUGGCGUAGUCGAACAUGAUGACAUGCCAAAAGGGGUUCUUGAUUUAUUGCAAGAUGAUGAAGAUGAAGUUGCUACCGAUACAGCUGAUGAUAAUGACUUGCAAGAUCCGAAAUUAGCUUCAAAAGCUGAUAAUAAAUGA